UUACCCCUUGGCUGGGCAGCCAAUUCCAUGGGCGAGAAACCAUGUGGCCCAACUUUGUCUAUUCCUCGAACUUCACCAUCUCAAUUUUCGAGCUCCUAUAAAUAAAAUGAAACGGUGGCACUGCAACCAGUGGAGGCAAUUUGGUUUUUGGGAGAAAUAUUCCUGUUAAUGCUUUUUUCUGGGAAAUGGAAAAGCUAGCUGGUUUAGCUUCGGCUUUUCUUUGUGGGUCUCUUUUUCUUUGUUUGUAUGGAACAGUUAGUGGCGCUUACGUGAAGUACAACACUGGAGCUGGUGUUGUGCAAGGCAAAUUGAAUGUUCAUUUGGUUGCGCAUUCCCAUGACGACGUCGGAUGGUUGAAGACAAUCGAUCAGUACUUUGUUGGAUCGAAUAACAGUAUCCAGGGAGCGUGUGUGGAGAAUGUGCUUGACUCGGUUGUGGGUGCUUUGCUCCGUAAUCCGAAUAGGAAGUUUGUGUUUGCGGAGAUGGCUUUUUUCAACCGAUGGUGGGUACAGCAAAGUGAGGAAACACAAGGAGUAGUAAGGAAACUUGUAGAUGCUGGACAGUUUGAAUUCAUAAAUGGUGGGUGGUGUAUGCAUGAUGAAGCAACAUGCCAUUACAUAGACAUGAUUGACCAAACAACUCUAGGUCAUCAAUUGAUUAAGGAGCAGUUCAACAAAACUCCUCGUGCUGGGUGGCAAAUUGAUCCAUUUGGACACUCUGCUGUGCAAGCUUACCUACUUGGGGCUGAACUAGGAUUCGAUUCUGUACAUUUUGCAAGGAUAGAUUAUCAAGACAGAGCAAAACGGAAGAAUGACAAAUCUCUUGAAGUCAUAUGGCGUGCUUCCAAAACUUUUGGUUCUGCAUCUCAGAUAUUUGCCAAUGUCUUUCCUGCUCAUUAUAGUCCCCCAGAUGGCUUCCAUUUUGAAGUGAAAGACGAGGGAUUUUUGCCCGUUCAGGAUGAUCCUUUACUAUAUGAGUACAAUGUUGAACAACGGGUUAAUGAUUUCAUUAAUGCUGCAAUAAAACAAGCAAAUGUGACUCGGACAAACCAUAUCAUGUGGACAAUGGGUGAUGAUUUUCAGUACCAAUAUGCUGAGACUUGGUUUAAGCAAAUGGACAAAUUGAUUCACUAUGUUAACAAGGAGAGUCAAGUUAAUGCCUUAUAUUCUACUCCAUCUAUCUAUACUGAUGCGAAAAAUGCAGCAAAUGAAUCAUGGCCACUGAAAACUGAUGACUAUUUCCCGUAUGCAGAUGGGGCAAAUUCUUAUUGGACUGGCUUUUUCACCAGUCGCCCAGCCUUGAAGCGAUAUGUCCGAGUGUUGAGUGGAUAUUACUUGGCAGCAAGACAACUUGAAUUUUUGGCUGGAAAGAGAUCCAAUGGUCCUAACACUUUUAUCCUGGGAGAUGCUUUAGGAAUUGCACAACAUCAUGAUGCCAUCACUGGCACUGCUAAACAACAUACAACAAAUGACUAUGCAAAACGCUUGGCUAUUGGAGCCUCUGAGGCAGAAGCUGUUGUAAAUACUGCUCUGUCAUUCCUGGUUAACAACAAAUCAAAAGAUCAGCAUAAAGUGAUGGCAGUUAAAUUUAGUCAGUGUCCAUUGCUCAAUAUCAGCUUUUGCCCACCAACAGAGAAAGAUAUUCCAGAAGGGAGGAGUUUGGUUAUAGUGGCAUAUAAUCCUCUUGGAUGGAAACGUACUGAUGUUAUUAAGAUACCGGUUAAUAGCGCCAAUCUUGUUGUGCAAGAUUCUUCAGGCAAUACCAUUGAGGCACAAUAUGUAGGUUUAGAUAAUGUUACAGGCAACUUAAGAAACUUCUAUACAAGGGCUUACUUGGGGAAAACAUCGAAGCAAGUCCCGAAGUACUGGCUUCUCUUUCAAGCGUCAGUGCCACCACUUGGUUGGAACACGUAUUUCGUUUCUAAAGCAACUUUCAAAGGGAAAAGCAAAAAUGGAUUUCUCUCCGUGAUGGACAGUCCACAGGAAGAGACUGUUGAAAUUGGACCUGGAAAUCUGAAGAUGUCCUUUUCUUUAACUUCUGGACAACUCAAAAGUAUUUAUAAUAUUAAAACAGGGGUCCAUUUACCAGUGCAGCAGAGUUAUCUCUGGUAUGGUUCUAGUUCAAAAGAUGAUGGCCAGGCGUCUGGUGCAUAUAUAUUUCGGCCUAAGGGGUCCCCUCAAAAUAUUGUUUCAAGAUCAGUGCCCUUGAAGGUCGUUCGUGGCCCACUACUCGACGAGGUUCACCAACAGUUUAAUUCAUGGAUCUAUCAGGUUACCAGAGUUUACAGAGACAAAGAACAUGCAGAAGUUGAAUUCACUAUUGGUCCAAUUCCCUUGGAAGAUGAUGGCAUUGGGAAAGAAAUAAUCACGCAAAUAAAAGCUAAUAUGGCUACAGACAAGGUGUUUUAUACUGAUUCUAAUGGAAGAGACUUUCUAAAACGGGUCCGUGAUUAUAGAGCAGAUUGGCCGCUUUCAGUUACUCAACCUGUGGCAGGAAACUAUUAUCCACUUAAUCUUGGAAUUUACACAAUGGAUAAGAAGUUUGAACUUUCAAUCUUGGUUGACCGUGCAACUGGUGGAUCCAGCAUUCAGGAUGGAGAAGUAGAGCUAAUGCUCCAUAGGAGGAUGAGAUUUGAUGAUGCUAGAGGAGUGGGUGAAGCAUUGAAUGAAACUGUGCGCGUUAACCAUAAACUUGAAGGAUUAACGGUUCGGGGUAAUUAUUAUAUAAGCAUUAACCAGAUAGGGGCUGGCGCACGCUGGCGCCGAACAACUGGCCAAGAAGUUUACUCACCUUUUGUUUUAGCUUUCACGCAUGAGAAGUUGGAGGAUUGGAAAGCAUCUUAUUUGACAAAAGCAACUGCCAUUGAUCCACACUACAGCUUGCCUCUAAAUGUUGCUUUGAUUACUCUUCAGGUGUUGGAUAAUGGAAGCGUGCUCCUCCGUCUGGCACAUCUUUAUGAGGUGGAUGAAGAUACUGAGUAUUCAAGAUUGGCCAAAGUUGAAUUGAAGAAGAUGUUUCCUGGAAAAAGGAUAAAAAAGGUGAAGGAAAUGAGCUUGUCUGCAAACCAAGAGAAGUCAGAGAUAAAGAGGAUGGCUUGGAAAGUUGAAGGAGACGGCGGACAGGAACCUAUCCCAAUUAGAGGCGGUCCGAUCAGAUACUCAACUCUUGUUGUCGAGCUUGGUCCUAUGGAGAUUCGCACUUUGUUGUUGAAAUUUUAGGACUUCUAUCUUUACAAGCUUUGAACAGGACAGAGUAAUAAUGUCUUUCCUAUGGCAAAUAUUUUGGAUCUAUGUUUCUACUUUUAAUUAAUACUAAAAUAAACAUGCGAAAUGCGUGGAAAUAGCUAAA